CCUCAAUCUCUGUACUUCGCUGUCAAAUUGUCCCAUCACUUGCAAUGAAGCCAGAAGAACGUUUGGUGCUGCUCUUUGCGCAGGAUGAGGCCCUUCUCAAAAUAGAUACUGGCCGUCGUCCUGUGUCUGACUCGCCCGACCGGCCCAUGGCCCCUAAGGCGGACCACCCCGAGCAUACAGGAGAGGAAAGCAAACCCCCGGUUACCCCUAGCCAGGAAGCAGUGCAGACCGUCGAAGAGCCACCCUUGGAGGGCCCUCAAUCCUCCCCAGAGAUGUCUGCUUCACUUCUAACAGACAAAACUGAACUCGCAACCCUACCUAUAAGACCCUCUAACGGCCAGUUCAGUCCCCUUGUGGCUGUCGCUAGGUAUCCUUACAAAAAUAUCAAAGGAGACCUGAGCAAGCAGAUAGCCAGCCGCUUCUUCGACGCAGGUAAAUUCUGGAACCGCUCAUGGGACAUAUAUUAUAUCCACGCGCCUCCCUCCCUCGGAUCCAAAUGCGUACUGCUCACCCCCACCAGUGAAGUCAAUCGCUUUUUGCAGGAGAUCAACCGUGAGAUGAAGUGCGGAUUGUCUCUUUCAACUGACGUGACAGCCGGUUUCAUCCUGACCUUCAAAGAACAAUAUCCUCAGCCUCUCUAUGUCGGUCGCAGUACUACGCGUGAGACCAAGGACCGUCUCGAGGGGCGGAUUCCUGUACUAUCGGGGCAUGGCCACUCUUCUGAGGGAGAUAUGAACGAAGAAUACGCCGCUUUUGAAACAAUGAUGGAGCAUGCCAUCGAGGCCAUUCGGAACAAGAAAAAGAAUUCCAAGCAGAAACAGAUGAUGCGCGCGUUACAGGAAUAUAACACGCAGAAUACGAUUCGAAGAAUGCAGCGUUCCUUCGGUCUGCGUCCGGUAGAAGACACCGAUGACGAAGCAGAGAUGCUUACAUGGGAUUCGCCAGGCACGGUGCCGACUAUACAGACGAUUGAUGUAACCAAGGCGGUGCCAUACCAGUUCUGGAGAGAGCCAGUAUUUAUCAGUAUCGACGUUGAGUCGAAUGAGCGUUGCCAUUCGCAGAUAACAGAGGUCGGAGUGUCGACGCUGGACAUGUUGACUCUGGUGGGGAUCCCGCCGGGCGAGACAGGCGAGCAGUGGCGGUCUCGCAUUCAUUCCCGGCAUCUGCGGGUAAAAGAAUAUGGCCAUAUCGUGAACCAUGAUUUUGUGGCAGGCUGUCCCGGUAUGUUUCAAUUUGGGGAGAGUGAAUGGGUGUUGCAACGAGAUUUAGGGGGUGUGGUGCGAUCGUGCCUACAGUUGGGCGAUGCAAUGAGUCGUCGUCUCGUGCUGGUGGGACACAGCCUAUCCUCGGAUGUCAAGUAUCUCAAACAUAUUGGAGUGGAUGUGGAAGGGUUUCACGACCGAGUGGACACCGCAGAGUUGUUUCGCAUGCUACGGGGGGAGACGUCGGUGCGGUCUCUGGGAGGCGUGCUGGCGGACCUGGGCAUUAUAGGCUGGUACUUGCACAACGCGGGGAAUGAUGCGCGGUACACGAUGGAGGUCCUGGUCGCCAGUCUGCUUGGGGUGAAAACUGAGUAGUCUUGCGAGCCUACUAGUGUUUUUUUUCUGAUAACCUGGCU